AUGCCUUUCAAUGGGGACACUCUGCAAGCAGCCAAACAAAGAGGCUCGGGAUGUGUUGAGGCACCAAGAUCUACAUCCUCGGACACCAUUGGUAGAACAUCACUCACUGCAGAAAUCCCCGAGCGUAGACUUACCAAUUGUUCAUCAGGGAGCUCCAUGACGCGAGAGCAUACAACAGCCGAAUCCAAUUAUGCGAACGAUAUCCCCGGGGUAGCAAUACCGCCCUACGUCAAACCAUUUCCCAAAACCAUGAGCAAAGACGACAUUGACUACUUAGUUAGGAAGCAAGUAUUGAAUCUUCCAUCGGUUAAGUUCCGUAAUAUUUGCCUCCAGGGUUAUGUCGAAUGGGUUCAUUUCUUUUGCCCGUUGCUCGAUCUGGGAGCAUUUCUAAAUUCAAUAUCGUGCCCUUCUGAUCAACGGGAUGAUGGCGUCAGCCUCAUGCUCUUGUAUGCGGUCCUCCUUACAGGAGUUGCCUUCAUCGAUGAGCGGUAUAUCUUGGACGCAGGCUAUGAGUCGCGGCUUGCGGUUCGCAAAGAGUUUUUCACCAAGGCAAAGAUUUUAUACUCAUUUGGUUGCGAAUUGGACCGGAAAGUGAUUGUGCAGUCCUUGCUACUCAUGUCCUAUUUUCAGGAAAAGCACGACGAACCAACCAACCACUGGUAUUGGGCAGAGCUGGGUUGUGUCAUGGCUCGCACAAUUGGCCUUUUUCUUGACCCGACUGCAUCCAACUUGCCAGGCCGAACGAAGCGGCUGUGGAAAAGAAUCGGUUGGUCCUGUAUUUUGCGAGAUCGCGUUCUCAAUCUUGGCGUACGAAUGCCACCCAAAGUUCGGCAAGAGGAAUUCCGGGUCCCAAAUCUCGUCGAAGAGGAUUUCGAGCCAAUGCGAUUUACGGAAGAGGUAACGAGCCUCCUACCGGACUGUGAACUUCUUCAAGAUGAGCAAAUGCAACGACACCUCGCCAGGAUGUGCAUUGAAAAAACAAAGCUUUGUAUCUUACUUGGGGAUGUGUUCAACUGUCUCUACAAAGAAGGAAGUCCCAAGCUUGGCGAAACUUCGGAGAUAACACUCAUUCUCCAACCCAAGUCAGGAGAUUUGAACGCGUCAGACGUUGCGGAAAUCGGAAACAAUCUGCAAACUUGGCUGAAGAACCUGCCGAGUGACGUUCAAAGUCUUCAACCGCUUGAUCCCAUCAUACGCAAAAAGGAACGAAUUGCAUUUGCACACUCGUCCAUGCUUCACAUGUUCUAUCAAACCAUACUUUGUGCCUUUUAUAGACCACAGAUUCUCGCAGCACCAUCGCCAACUGCUCGAGACACUACCACCCAACGCAUGAGUUAUUCAACCAUGAUGAUAACACGACACUUUGAGGAUCUACAAAGCUAUGGCCUCAUUCAAUAUCUACCUUCAUCCGCCGUCACUUUUCUGCUCACCGCUGCAGUGAACCAUCUCGUGGAAUACAAAACGGUCGACGAAGAAGACUCGCAAGAGCGGCAUCUACGAAGAUUUCGCGAUUGCUUGGGCUACUUAAAGACUCUUCAAACUGUACAUGUGUAUGCGAAAUAUGGCGGAAUAUUCUUGAUAAGCUCUGCCCGCCAAGAGGGUAUCACGGUACCUACCGAGCCACCAGACCCAGAGCCAACACAAACGUCGAACGUGCCGUUCAACCCAACAGAUCGAGAAGGGCUUGGUCCGUGGGCCGUGGCACAUACUCCGGAUGUGCUUAUGCAUGCACCCAACACUGAUCCUGCAACUAAAAAGAACAAACGUAGCUUGCGAAGUGAAUCGAAUUCUAUUUCCGCAGAUGGGUUCUCAUUUCCUGACAUCCGGUCAGAUGCCGACCAAAUAUCAUCGAACAAUCAACUACUUGAUGAUACUACCUACCACCGCAUUGAAGACAUGAACUACCACGGUUGGAUUCCGGGGGUUGCUCAGAGCGGUGCAGAGCUGCCUGAUGCUGAUACUGUGUCGAACAGCUCAGGGUUCCUGAAUUGUACGCUCUGGGAACAUGGCUGGAUUGACCAAAUCGCGGAAAAUUGGCUUGAACAACUACCAAGUGGGCAAGACAGCUUAGGGCUGAAUUAUACAGUUAUGUCGAACAUGGAGUUGCCAUAG